ACAAUAUUAUAAAUUCUUAGCACAAAAUGGCCGAAGAUAGUUUAAAUCUCCCAGAAUGGUUGAAUGUGCAAUUUAUAACCGAAGUUCUGAGUGGUCACGUAACGGAACCGGACCUAAAAGUUACUAACUUGGAUUUCUCCCCGGGAAGUGUAAAAGGAGAUAAUUACGCCAGCGAAAUGUAUCGUGCUGUGGUUGAAUAUGAAACCCGGAAGGGAUCCUCUACCAUGUCCCUUAUUAUCAAAACUGAAAUGUUUGCCGGCUCUGCUCUUUUUAAAACUGAAACUGGCAUGUAUAAAAAAGUUCUGCCUGAAUUCGAGAAGAUACUGCAAGAAAAAACUGAUACAUCCAAGCUGUAUGCAAAAUGCAUAUAUAGUAGCCUGGAGCCCCGACCGGUUAUGAUAUUCGAAGAUCUUUUGGAGAUGGGAUAUGCAAUGGUGCGAAAUCGUUUGCUUACGGAUGAAGAGAUUUGUAGUGCCUACUCCAAGCUGGCUAAAAUCCAUGCAGUCAGCAUGAAGUUUAUUAAUGAGCGACCUGAGUUCCUGAAGGAUUUCAAGGAUGGAAUUUGUCUUGUAGAUAUUCCCUAUAUGAGCUUCGGAAUGGCUCCGUUUACGGAGUUUUUGGGACGUAUUCCUGAAUUGAAAAAAUACCAGUCUCACUUUGAGAAGUUAGGACUUAGCUUUAUAGACCGAUUGCGGGAUGUCAUGAAGGAGUAUGAAACCAAUCCCCAGCCAGGAUACUAUGUUCUCUGCCAUGGGGACUACCACACUAGAAAUGUAAUGUUCAAGCACAAUAAGGAAACAGGAUGGUUUGAGGACUGUAUGCUGCUGGAUUACCAGGGAAGUUAUGUGGCGCCAAUGGCCGUGGACUUGAUGUACUCCAUUUAUAUGUUAAUGGACCGAGAGCAGCGCACUGAGAAAUUGGAGACCCUACUGAACUACUAUUUCUCCGUCCUCCUAGAGACCCUCAGAAAGAUUGGGUACCAGGGAGUAAUGCCCACUCCUCUUGCGUUCUGGGCGGAACUAAAACGCCUUAAGGAAUACGAAUUCCUAUUUCUGAGUACCUAUUUACCAAUGUCGCUGGGCCUUAGCCUUGGAACCGCCUCAAAUGAACAAAAUGAUCAAAAAUUAACAGAAUUUAUUGAAGAAUGUAAAAUACUGCUGGCCCGAUUCGAAAGGUCAGGAUAUUUUGAGGAUCUCUAGGAUUUCAAAUUAAUGAAAGUUGUUACUGAAGUAUUUUACUCAAGACCGGACAAUAUUAACUGUAAAAUAUUAUAUUUUCUAAUAUGUGUACCAAAAGAAAUAAAAGAACUGUGCAAAUAUUUCUCUGCAAACCCAA